AUGAGCGUCGCGCAAGAGCCAUCUGAGGGGGCGUCCUUGGUACGCGUGCGCUAUGACAGCGCGCAUGGCAUCGCGAUCCUCGAGCUGCAUGACCCCAUCCACUUCAACACAAUCGCGCCGCAGCUCGGACGCGACUUUCACUCAGCGGUGGAGCUGCUGAGUGGAGUCGCAGACCUCCGUGCCGUCGUGCUGCAGGGUGCGGGCACCCACUUUUGCGCCGGUGGCAACCCUUAUGCCAGGCCGAGCUGGCAGAGCGUCUCUUGCUGCGCCCAAGAGAUCUUGGAGAUGAUCCUCGGCUUCGUCACCCUCGCGGCGCUGCCAGUGCCGCUCUUCUCGGCGCUCCACGGCCGGCUGGUUGGUGGCGCUGCCGCCCUCUUCCUCCAAACCGACUAUCGGGUCGCCGACUCACGCGCGCUCUUUCAGCACGGCAACCUGUCGCGCGGCGUCUGCCCAGUCGCGGGGUACUCGCAGAGUCUGCCGGCCGCGAUCGGCGCCGCGCGUGCGCGCGAAUUCUACCUCCUCGACGAGAUCCUGUCGGCUGACGAUGCGCUGCGAGCCGGUUUGAUC